GAAAAGGGUCCUUCACUACCGGCUAAAAUUAAAGACACUAGAGAAAUCGGACCCGGAACCGACAGUAUGAGCCAGGAAAGUGUCAUAAAGUUACAAAUAGCGACACAAGAAAAGAUCGGAAAAUUUAACUCUCUGCGUGCUCGCGAGGUGCAGCCCGGAGAGUUCUGGGACGUGGUGGCUGUCACCGCCGCAGACGAGAGCCAGAGAGCCGCGUACGAGCUGCAGGUGAGACAGAAAGUAGACCGGAAGGAGCUUCCCCUCGGACCUCACUACAAGGUCUUCUGUGAUCCACCUGGACCCAAAAUAGGGAAUGGGGGCUCUACUCUAUAUGCGCUGCAGCAGUUGAAUGACAUCUAUGGGAAGGCUCUGGAGAGGCUGAGAGUCCUCCUCAUCCAUGCAGGAGGAUUCAGCCAGCGUCUGCCCAGCGCCAGCGCCUUGGGCAAGAUCUUCACCGCCGUGCCGCUGGGAGACCCUCUCUACCAGAUGCUGGAGCUCAAACUGGCCUCGUACGUUGACUUCCCCUCCCGGAUGAGGCCGGGCGUCCUGGUGACCUGCGCCGACGACGUGGAGCUGUACAGUACCGGAGGCGAUGAGAGCGUCAGGUUCGACCAGCCGGGCUUCACAGCUCUGGCCCACCCGUCCUCGCUGUCCGUCGGCACGACCCACGGCGUCUUCGUGUUGGAUUCGGACGAAAAGUCGGGCGACUCCGAGGUGGAGUCCGUCUCCUGCCUGCGCUUCCUGCACAAGCCGAGCAUCGCCGAGAUGCGCGGCAGCGGAGCUGUCCGUGACAGCCGCGGGGGUUGUCUCUCUCUCUCUGACGCGGAGUUUGUCUACACGGACAGCACCUAUUAUGUCGACUUUGGCACUGCCAAAUCCCUCCUCGGCCUGCUGGAGGAGCUGGGGCCUCUGGACUGCGAGGUGGACGCAUACGGGGACUUCCUCCAAGCGCUGGGCCCGAGGGCCACGGUGGAUUACGCCAGCAACACCGCCAACGUCGCCAAAGAGGAGGGCAGCCUGGUGGGCGUCCGCCAAAAGAUCUUCCAUCUCCUGAAGGGCACUCCCUUGAGUGUCGUGCUCUUGAACAACUCCAAGUUCUACCACAUCGGGACCACGUCGGAGUACCUCUUCCACCUCGCCCGGGAUGGGGCCCUGAGGACCGAGCUGGGUCUCCUGCCAUCCGCCUUCAGCGUGGACGCCAACGAGAGCUCGGGCCGCUGCGUCAUGCACAGCGUGCUGGACCCCGCUUGCUCCGUGGGAGCCGGGUCCGUGGUGGAGUACUCCCGGCUGGGAGCCGGGGCCUCCGUGGGCGCCGGCUCCGUCGUCAGCGGCUGCUGGGUCCGGGCGGGCCUGUCGGUGCCCGCCGGCGUGCUCGCGCACUCCCUGUGCGUGACCCGCGGGCGCCGCGCCGCGUUCGUCACCGCGAUCUUCGGGAUCGAGGACGACUUGAAGCGCGCCGCGGAGGCACCUUCUGGCCUGGCGGAGCUGAAGCUUUGCGGCGUCAGCCUGCCGGCGUGCCUGUCCCGCUGGGGGCUGAGUGAGGGAGAGCUGAGGUUCUCCGGCGACGCGCCCGCCUGCAGCUUGUGGAACGCCUGUCUGUUUCCCCUUUGCUCCGAUCAGCAGAGCUCAUUCUCGCUGUCCCUGGAGAUGCUGCAGGCCGCCCUGAGCGGCUCCGCGUUCACCGUCCCCAAAGGCACCGCGCUGGUGUCCAUGCGAGAGUGCUUGAUGUGGAAGAACCUGGAGGAGAUGCUGAAGUUCAGGGGGGGAUUGUAUGAAGACAUUACGAGAAGUAAACGAGACAAUCAGAGUUCAUAAUCGAGAA